CUAUCUAUCUAUCCGACUAUCUUUUUUGCUUUUUCUUCUUCUUCUUCUUCUUCAUCUUUGUAUCUUCAUGUUCUUAUUAUUCUUCUUCUUCUUCUUUUGAUUUUCUUUACGUAUCAUACAAAAGCUUCUUUCAUAGUCGACUAUAUUACGAGCAAGUCGGACUGAAUGAAAGAGAAUAAAUUAACGCAAAAUCUUCGAGAAUAUAGAUUAUACUUCAAUAAAGGUAGAACAUCAAAUUAACUUCAUUCGCAUGUAUAGAAAGGUAUUAGAAAUGUUCUAAAGAAAGUCAAAGACUUUCUUCAUUUAAAUAUGCAAAAUCUAUCCUGGUACGCUUAUAAUUCUUUCCGUUUUGUAAUAAUCGAUGACGGAGAAGAGCUUAGUGAAAGAGAGAAUCUUUAAUUUUUACAUAGUAAGAGAGAAGAGUAUUAGAAAUAAAAUCUAAUACUAUAAUCGGUCUACCAACGAUGACUGAAGUACCUAACGAAUUUUUUCAUACAUAUUAUUAUUAUUACAAUGUAAGAUUUUUACAAAUUAUUGGAUUAUGGCCAUAUCAAUCAGUUAUUUCGAAGAUCGUUUGUAUAACAAUGAGCUUUGUAAUAGCGGAAAGUAUCCUAAUUCCACAGAUCUUUGCUGCUAUUAAAUUAACUCAAGUCAAUACGAUUAAUAUUCUGAAGUGUAUACCAACAAUGGUAAUAGCCAUUGGAUGUGGUAUUAAAAUGAUUAAUAGUAUUUAUCACACUAAUAAUAUUAAAACGUUACUUUUGAAAAUGAUUAAAAAUUGGAACUUAAUCACCGGAGAAGAAGAAAUUCAAAUUUUACGAAGUUACAGUGAACGUGGUAGACAAUUAACUUUAAGCUAUGCAUGUUGCAUGUUAAUGACAUCGUUAACAUUCAUUAUGUUUCCUAUAUUCAAAAUUCUAACUGAAGAUUCUGAAACGAGUGAUAAGUCGAUCAUACCUUUCGAAGUGGAUUAUCUUUCUUUGAUCGACAUUAAAAAAUAUUAUUAUCUUAUAUUGGUCCAUUGUUAUAUAUGUGUUAUCGCACAUGUUCUCAUAAUAGUAGCAGUGGAUACCAUAUUCAUAACGUUCAUUCAACAUAGCUGUGCAAUGUAUGCAAUUCUUGGAUAUCAUUUAGAACAUAUGGCGGACAUCGAGAACGAAAAAUCAGAUCUUUGUUUAGAUGACAAAGCUUAUUGGAGAAUCAUUAAUUGCAUUCGUCAACAUAAUGAAAUAAUUGAUUUUGUCGAUCGCAUCGAAUCUAUAUAUUCAACAUAUUUCUUCUUUCAAUUGGGUUACAAUAUGAUUAAUAUAAGUAUUACUGGUACACAGAUAGUAUUAUACGCUGAUGUAAUGUUCGAAUUUAUUAGAUUAACCCUUUUAACUUUAGCUCAACUUUUUCAUUUAUUUUUUGAAUGUUGGCAAGCACAACAAUUAAUAGAUCACAGUUCUUUAAUACACGAAUCCAUAUGCAGAGCUACUUGGUAUCGGACCACGGAGAAAUCAAAGAAGCUAAUUAAAAUAAUGUUAAUAAAUACUUUGGAAACAUCAAAGCUCACGGCUGGUAAAUUGCUCGUCUUAUGUUUCGAAUGUUUUGCCUUGGUCGUCAACAAAUCAGUAUCAUAUUUUACAAUUCUUCGAACAAUGCAAUAAAAGAUAAAAACUUUAUGAUUCAAUGUUGAACAAUCUAAAAUCGAAUAAUGGAAUUAUUUAAACUAUUAUUGUCAUUUUGAAUAUAUUAUAAAACGACAUCUUUGUUAGUUUACGAUCGUACGUAGAUCUUGUAAUAGAACUUAUAUUUUAAUAAAUAAUAAUUAUAUGAAAGGAUCAUUAUAUU